AUGGAGUAUUAAAAAAAAGCUUAAAAGGUUGAAGAAAUUUAGGAAGCAAAUACUAUUGGUAUCUAUAAUUCUAUAAAGUAAGAGUUAGGUAUAAAGUUGAAAGAACUGUAAUAUGAUGAGCUAGCAAAUAAUGCGCUUUAUAAAUGUAUGUAAAACUGCAUUCCAUCAUGUUAGAAUUUUCUUUUAUUUCAAAUCAUCUUCUUAGAAUGAUCACAAAGAAUGAAUAAAGUUAUCGUUACAAAAUGCACUUUGGAAUAUGCAAAAUGAUGGAGUUCAACGAAUUAGAAUUAGUUUAUUGGCAUUUAUUGAAUCUAUAAUUAGAAUAUGGUAGAAAGUUGCAGCAUAGUAAUUUAUAAGAGAUUAAGUAAAGACUUCAAUAUAAUUUAGAUCUUAUUCUUUUCAUUUUUUCAAAGAUUUUCUUAAAAUAUAAGCAGAAUUCAUUCCUGAUUUUGCAAUCUAUAAAAGAGAAUUGCUUUUUUUAAUAUUAUCAGCAUUCUACACAAUUAAAUUAUUGAGAAAUAUUUAAAAGUUAGAUAAGAUAAGAGAGUUUAUAAAGGAAGAUAAAUUUUGUGAAUUAUUUAAUAGAAUAGAACCAGCUUUUAUUAAUGUUUCCUAAUCGUUGAGUUUAUAUACAGUGAAUCAAAAAUACUUAGAGUUAACGAUGAUUCAAGAACCAUUAGUUAAGUAAGAAAUAAAUUACAAUUUUAUUGUUGAAUAAAUUCUUGAAAUGGCACCUGCAUAUCAAAAAGAUGAAGAAUAGCCUAUUUCAAAAAAAGUAAAAAGAUAAAAAAAAUUAAUGACUAAGACGAUAGAAACUUUGUAUAGGUAAGAGCAAGAAUCUUAAUAAAAAAUAGAAGCCUAAUAAUAAUAACAAUCUCAAUAAUAAUAAUUUCAAAAUUAAUAAUUCUCAUAAAAUGAAUAGUAAUAUUUGGAUUAGCCAUAGUGUUCUCGAUAAUUUUCAAGAUAAUUUAAUUAAUUAUAAUAAUCUUAAGGACAUCAACAAAUUUAGUAAGAUUAUUUUUCAUAAAAUGAAAGAUUUUCAUUUUAAUGUUUAGAUAGACAAAACUCUUUUGGGAUGUAACUAAGAUCAAAUAGAUAUUUUAACAGUCAAGAAAGUCAAUUUAAUUUUACUCCCCCAAAAGAAAUAUUUCAAGUGAGAAACUUAAAAUCAACAUAAUGGACAAGUAGAAGUGGAAAAUGA